AUGGACUUUGACAGGCAAGUCUUCAGAACACUGAGUAAGGGGCACUCUGCAAGGUCCUGCAUAAGGAUAGCACAAAGGCCCCGAGUCUCAAACUUCUAUCUUAAGAAAAAAGAUAAGUAUGAGUAUGUAAGGUAUAGACUGGCUUCGAUGAGGCCUUACUUUCUGGAGCUUCUUGGGGUUGAGAGCUUUGAGCCUGUGAACCAUGUGUCAAGCACCUCGUUCUACACAUACGGGAUUGUUAUGAAUCCGUUUGGACACAAACUAGAUCCGAAAAAUGUAUUCAUUGCAUCCAGCAUUGAUGGAAGUAACGACGUCGUUGUGCGGCUGAACCUGGAGUAUCUACAAAGAUACUCUGUCUUUCCAGGCCAGGUCGUUGCAAUCAAGGGGAAGAACGGAACAGGGAGCGAGAUAACGGUAGAGGCCAUUUACUGCAUACCUGUUGUGGAUGUCAACUCAGCUGAGCCUUCAGAGAAGGAGAGGCAUGCACAGCCGUUUAUAUCUGCAUUUUCGGGGCCCUAUGGGGCUGGGCCAGAGUUUGGGAUUCUCGACAGGAUUCUCGCAGAAGAUGCUGAUGUAUUGAUACUGACCGGGCCUUUUAUAGAUCCUGUGGAAGGCGGGGUGUCUGAGUCACCAUACUCGAUGAUGGAGGGAGCAUUUAUUCCGAAGAUAAGGGAGUGGCUGUCCAAGGGGCCGGAGAGGAAGGUUGUCCUUGUUCCAUCUACUAGCGACGUGAUAUCCUUGAAUGUAUUUCCUCAGGGUCCAAUUGACCUCAAUGACGAGAGAAUUAUAUGUGUAAGCAAUCCUUGUUCCUUUUUUUUGAACGGGUUUUUGGUAGCAGUCUCUUCUUUGGACACUGCUCUCGAGAUAAGCUCAGAGGAGUGCUUUUAUGACUCGAAAUUGGACUAUGGCGAGGAUGUGUGUGGAAAGCUCCUUUUUGGAAACGACCGCCUUGAGAGGAUAUCGUAUCACCUAGUCUUCCAGAGAACCUUUCUCCCGGUCUUUCCAUCGAUGAACAUUGUCUCAUACUCUGUGCCAGAAAGCAUGUCCAUGGACACCGCGCCGGACAUAUAUAUUAUUGUAUCGAGAUUGAAGCACUUUUCUAGAAGUGUAGGGCCUUCUGUGGUUGUGAAUCUGGGGCUACCGACGAGGGAGGCGGAGAAGGUAGUGUGCUUCAUAAGGCUUCCGGAGACAUUGGGAGAGAAGAAACCCUCAAUAGAGUUUAGGCAUCUAAGUGGAGUCUUGCACAAAGCAGAAAAUAAAUAG